CCGAAGCUUGGAAGUGGCCCUGAGGGUCAUGUAGUCCGACCCCCCUGCAACGCCUAACGUUGGGUUUGGACCCACAGCCGUGAGAAACAAAAAGAAUCUCAUGUGCUGCUACCGGCUGAGUGAUCCCCGGCCUCCCCUCUAAGAGGGGAGACGAGGAGCGGAGAAGAAGAGCGAAGCGGCCGGCGAUGGCGUUGCAGGCGGCGCACCUGGAGGCCGACGCCUUCCUCGUCUGCAUGGUCCACGCGCUGAGCACUGAGCAAGAGGAGGUCAUGGGCCUCUGCAUUGGCGAGGUUGGUGCUAGCCGGAUAGUUCAUAUUCACUCCGUGAUCAUUCUACACCGGUCAGAUAAGAGAAAAGAUCGUGUGGAGAUUUCCCCAGAGCAGCUCUCAGCUGCUUCAACAGAAGCAGAGAGAUUGGCUAAGUUAACAGGACAGCCUACAAGAGUUGUCGGCUGGUAUCAUUCUCAUCCCCACAUAACAGUUUGGCCAUCACACGUAGACCUCUGCACACAAGCGAUGUAUCAGAUGAUGGACCAAGACUUUGUGGGGCUUAUCUUCUCUUGUUUCAAUGAUGACAAAAACACAAAGACUGGCCGGAUUCUGUUCACCUGUUUCCAGUCCAUUCAAGCCCAAAAGAGCUCCGAGUAUGAAAGGAUUGAAAUUCCUGUUCAUAUAAUUCCUCACACCACCAUGGGGAAAGCGUGUCUUGAGUCAAUGAUGGAGCUCCCCAGGAUCUUGUGUCAAGAGGAGCAAGAUGCUUACAGGAAAAUCCACAGCCUUACUCAUCUGGAUCCCAUAACCAAGAUCCACAAUGGUGCAGUGUUCACUAAGAAGCUCUGCAGCCAGAUGUCUGUCAUCAGUGGUCCUCUUAUGCAGUGGCUGGAGGAUCGCUUGAAGAAAAACAAAGAGAGGGUGCAGGAACUGCAGCAGGAGAAAGAGAAACUUCUGGAGGAACUCGCUGCCUUGGAGGGAGAAGAACAAAACCUCAUGGCCUAAGAAACAGCCAAAUGUUCCCAAGUUUGGCUUCAUCCAACC